AUGGAGAGCGGACAGAGGGGACCCGGAAAAGGCCGCAAACUGGGCUCCAGCCGCCGGAGGCAGACACGGGAACCAGCAGACGGCCAAGACACACCGAGGGCCCCAGAGCUCGAGUUCUGGACGUCCCAGGCUGCCAUGGAAGUGCAGAGCUUCCUCCAGGACUGUGGUGCCCAGGAGAAAGGCUUCAUCAUCCGUGAGGAUCUGGCGGUGGCCAAGUUCAGCUUUCUAGGCAGUGACGAGGACCCACAGAGAAUCUUCGACUGGGUGGACACGGAGCAGCAGGGCCGCCUCUCCUUGGACGAGUUCAGCUCUGGGCUAAAGAGCAUCCUUGGCUCCUCCCAGAGCACCCACAGACUCUCUGGAAGGAGGCCCCGGGCCUCCCUGCGACGUACCCUGAAGCUGGAGGAGGCCGACGCCCAGGAGAAGGAGGCUUUCUCGGCUUUUAUGAAGCAGUGGGGCACCAACCACUCAUUUCCUGAUGAGACAGAGAUCUGGCAGCUGUGGCGGAAGCUGAGGCAGGGGGAGCCCCAGCUGGCGGGCAACCUGGAGGGCUUUCUGGCCAAGAUGAGCAGCCGUCUGCAGGAGGCUCAGGCCCACAGGGAGGUUCUGGAGCUGAACAUGAGGAAGUGCGACUCAGACCAUCACCGUAAGGUCCAACAACUGUAUGAGGAGAUGGAGCAGCAGCUCCGUCAGGAGAAGCAGCAGCUGCAGGUCCAGAGUGAGUCCCGGGACUUGGCCCUCAACGACCAGAUGCAGGCAGCCCUGAAAGCCAAGGACCGUGAGAUGCAGCGGCUGGCAGAGGAGCAGAGGGAGCUGGAGGCCCAGCUCCGCCAACUCAGCGGCUCGAAGCAGCAGGCCAGCUCAGAGCAGCAGCAGCUUCGGGAGGCAGAGCGUGACCUGGCCGGGCAGCUGGAAGAGGUGCAGGGGCAGCUGCGAGUGACCAGGAGGCACCUGACCACCGCCAGGGCCCACGUGUCCUGGCAGAUAGAAGAGAAACCAAGGGACUCGGGAGCAGGCGAGCAGAAGGCUGCAGGCCCUGCGAGGGACUCCCUAGUGGAUGCUCCCCUGCCUGGGGUGUUUGGAGACGAUGAGGACUGGGGCCAGCUCCUGAACAGCCUCAGCAGCUCCCCACAAGGAGCCCUGCAGAUCUCCUGGAGCCCUCCUGCCACACCUAAGGCCCCCUCAGCUCCCCCUACACCCCGAGUGGUCAGGCAAAUUUCCAUCUCUGAGGCUCAUGCUUUGCCCUUCAGCCAGGGCCCACCUUCAGAGUCCAAUGGGGGAACUUCUGGAGCCGAGGAAGUAGGAGGAACCACCCCCCCUGGGCAGCAUAGCCCCUUGAAGUGGCCUGAGAAGGAGCCAGAGCCCAGCCCAUUGAUUCCUGGGCUCCUAGAGGCCACCACGGAGCCAUCAGGGAGCCUGGUGGCAGCUGAACUCAGAGUGCUUGUCCCCGUGGAGGGGGAUGCUCAAGCCCCUGGGAAGGGGAGUGCACCCCAGUGCACCCCGUGCACCCCAGCGGGGCCUGGGGGAAAGUUGUCGGCCUCACAGGUAGAUGACAGGGACCCUGAACCAGGACCUAUCCCAGCCAAGCCACCCCGGCUACAAGAGGUCAUCGUCCAACCCUCGUACUCUGAGCCAGGCCCCAGGGUUCAGGAGGGCCACAGUGGGGAGCAGACAGGCCCUGCCAGCUGGACUCUCAGGCAGGGGCUGGAAGAGGGAACCAGAGCAGAGGAGAGGGACAGGAAGACAUCAUGGGGACAGCGCCUCAGCUCUGAGCAGGGCCUCAGCGGUGGGCGCCCAGAGUCCACCCAGCCGGAUUCCCAGCUUGCUCCCCUCCCAAUCUAUGGACCCCCAACUCAGGCUGAAAUAGAAGGCCUGGCUCCCAGGAGGCCAGCCCCUUCAAGGGCUUCUCCCCCAAAGGAUACUCAGCCUGGGGGAGAAAUGGAGCCCCAGGUGCCAGCCCCAAGCCUCCCCACUGAGCCAGAAGCCCCACCUAGAUCCGCACUCACAACUGCUGGGACAGAAGGAGGUGAAGGCCCUCCCAGACCCAGGCAGCCGGAGGACCCCAGGGAUACUGAGGUAUCCCCAGCCCCAGUGUCCACCUCAGCCAGGGAGCCUGUGGCCGACCCGGAUUUCAUCUUCCACAUCAUCUUCCUUGGGGACUCCAACGUGGGCAAGACCUCCUUCCUGCACUUGCUGCACCAUAACUCCUUCACCACUGGGCUGGCAGCCACUGUGGGGAUGGACUUCCGGGUCAAGAAUGUGCAGGUGGACAACAAGAACUUUUCGCUGCAGCUCUGGGACACAGCCGGCCAGGAGAGGUAUCACAGCGUGACAAGGAACCUGCUCCGCAAGGCUGAUGGGGUGGUGCUUAUGUAUGAUGUCACCUCCUGGGAGAGCUUUGCCCACGUGCGAUACUGGCUGGACUGUCUACAGGAUGCUGGAUGCGAGGGCGUGGCCAUCCUUCUCCUGGGAAACAAGACGGACUGUGAGGAGGCCCGGCAGGUGCCCCCUGAGGCAGGACAGCAGCUGGCUCAGGAGCUGGGUGCCUCCUUCGGAGAGUGCAGUGCUGCGCUGGGUCACAACAUCCUGGAGCCCGUGGUGACAUUGGCCCGGUUACUCAAGGUGCAAGAAGACCACUUGAAGGACUGCCUGGCAGAGGUGACCCACACUAAGCCUCCGAAGAAAGCUGGCUGCUGCUCCUGA